UCGUCUGCCCCUGCCCUCGAGAAAACAACUUCUCCUUCUCGGUUAUGUCCGCGGUGAAAUCUCCGUUGAUUUCUCAGUCUUGUGAUCGGUGCGGGAUUGUACGUAUGACCAGUUUUUCCACCACGGUUUUAUUAGUUCGUGGCUGUGUAGGCUGAGUUUUGCAAUUGAACAGUUAAUCGUAAGUUUGUCGACUUUUUCCCUUUUUCCCUCGUUAAAUUUCAUCACCCAGUGCGAAUGUCAGUUGACGAUGAGAAAAUGACUUUAGACCGACAAUGCUUCGAUGCCGCCCGAGAUGGAUUAUUAACGUAUUUGAGGAACAGGAGAUGGUGUCGGAGAUGCAGGCGCUGCUGGCGGAAGAGCCUCCGGAGUCAGUAUCACAAGUAGUGAGUUGCAAGACGGAAGGAAAAACUCCGCUGGUUAUGGCCUGUCGAAAUGGGCACCUAGGGGUCGUCGAGUACCUAGUCGACAGGUGUAACGCUGACAUAGAACAAAGUGGACAAGUGGUGUUUGAUGGUGACACGAUCGAAGGAGCUCCUCCUUUAUGGUGUGCAGCAGCAGCGGGUCACUUUGAAAUCGUCAAGUUCCUCGUGCGUCGCGGCGCGAAAGUCAACAGCGUCUGCCGCAGUAAUUCAACCCCCCUCCGCGCCGCUUGCUACGACGGACACUUCGAGAUAGUCAAAUUUCUAAUCAAACAUGGUGCAGAUGCAAGUAUAUCAAAUAGGCAUGGACACACUUGCUUGAUGAUUGCAUGCUACAAGGGACAUUACAAUAUUGCCAAGUAUCUUCUCUCGCUUAAUGUGGACGUGAACUUCAAGAGUGUCAAAGGAAACACUGCACUGCACGACUGCGCCGAGUCUGGCAGCCUCAGCAUCAUGAAAUUACUCAUCGAGCGUGGUGCUAAAAUGGAUGUUGAUGCCUAUGGUAUGACACCUCUACUAGGUGCAUGUGUCACAGGACAUGCAAGUAUUGUGGAGUAUUUAAUAGGAACUCCUAGCUUGGUCACCAGACAAGAACGUAUAGACGCCCUCGAAUUACUUGGAACAACUUACGUUGAUAAAAUGCGCGACAUGCUUGAAACCAUCAAGCUUUGGAGACGUGCAAUGGAAGAAAGGUACAAUGUGGAGCCAAAAAUUGAGAAACCACGAGAUGUAGAAACAAAGGAAGCCUAUGAACAUGCCCGUGAAUUUCGCACCUUCGAAGAAUUGGAUGAUUUGCUCUCAGACCCUGAUGAAAUGCGCAUGCAAGCACUGCUCAUUCGAGAGAGAAUUCUUGGUCCAGCUCAUCCUGACACAUGUUAUUAUAUUCGAUUCAGAGGUGCUGUCUAUGCUGACGUGGGAAAAUUUUCCCGUACAAUCUCACUGUGGAACUAUGCCCUGGAAAUGCAACAAACCUUGCUAGAACCGCUGAAUCCCAUGACACAAAGCUCUCUUUUCUCUUUUGCCGAACUGUUCUCGUUCAUGAUGGAGGAACAGAGCCUUGCCCAAACUAGUUCCCGCAACAGACCUAGUGCCAUAAUAAAUCCUCAAGACGUCAUGUAUGUCUUUAGUAAGGCUAUUGAAGAGCUGUCAAAAGGAAUGAAAAUGAAAGUUGUAGACUUAGCACAUGUCCAUCGAGUGUUGGCAAUAUCUCUAUACCUAGCUUGUCUUUUGGCUAAAAUCCUUGCAACAAUGACAGAGGAACAAAAACAUCAAGUGCGGCAAAUGGUAUACUCGUUAGUUUCCUUUAAAUUAGUAGGUAGAAAUGGCUGCACAGCUCUUCAUCUAGCUUGUAGUAGUAAUGCAAUAGUUGUCGGAAAAUACCCAGCAUGCCGAUUUCCAUCAACCCCCCUUGUGGAGCUGCUCUGUUCUGUUGGUGCAGACGUUAAUGCACGCGACUGGGCUGGAAACACUCCUCUUCAUCUUGCAGCUCAAGCGGACCCUAUCCCUGUAGAUUUAGUUCAAGCUUUACUCAAGGCGGGUGCUCACUUAGAUUACGUCAAUCACGCAGGAGAAACGUUCAAAGACCUUCUCGCUGGUCAACCGCUACACCAGCUAGUUAAUGAAUUACACUUCACCAAGCUGUCAUGUUUAGCAGCUAGAGUCAUUAGGCAGCAUAAGAUACCAUUUGAAGGCGAGAUGCCUGCAUGCCUUGAGUCUGUAGUAACAAAUCACUGAUCUUGUCCCUUAAAGAAGAUCCUUUGCUUACAACCUAAGUAAUGGGUCUAUAUUCUCCAUCUUUACGCUAACGCCUCUGUGGUUCCCCAUUUUCUGACUCAAGGGUGGAACUUUUGCUUAGUUUUGUGGCAAAGAAUCAAAAAUGUUUCAAUGAUCCAACUUCAAGGAAAUUGUAGUAGGUAAGAGUAUAUCUUGCAACCAACCAGCCUUGAAUUUGAAGCCAUUUUGGCAUUUGUCGUUUUUAUUAAUGAUCUAGUAUAGGGAUAAAAAAGACUGAGUUUUUUAAAUAAUCUUUUGUAUACUUUUUUUAAAAAAUUAGAUUCGAAUCUAAGUUUGACUAGCAAUGCAUAAUUUUAUACUUCAUUGAAAUGAAUAGAACAAUACUGACUUCAGAAUUUGAGUAUUUUAUUCUACAAUUGCAGCUUAUCUGCUUUACAAUAAGGUAGCCAAUUUUUUUUCUCUUUUCAAAGUUAUGACAAAAACUUAGUUCCAAAUGGUUGGAGCUAUCAUUUCAUUUCUCAGUAAUUCGAUGUAUUUUCUUUCAACUUUUGCAGUGUUUGAGAGUUUUAAUCUUGUUUCUUUGUUUGCUACAAAACUUUGCAGAAGUCUCUCUAAGUUUUGACAGCCGGAAUUUUAAAUGUCAGUCCGUUCAAGGGCUCUAUUUAUUCUAAGUCUUUUCUUUUGUGAUAUUGAAAUUCGAGCCUAAAACACUUUGGGACUUUUCUGUUUUCGUUUCUACGCUUCUCGUAUCCUCAGUCAGUGUUUUAGUUCUUGCCGGAUGUGUUUCCUUACUCCUUAACUUAUAUUGUUCCUCUCUUCCCUGUUUUUUGCUCGGAAUAUUUAUUUGAUUUUUUCCUUCUCCCGUCUUGUUCUUUCCUUGUCUAUGCUUCAGCCUAGGUUUAGUUUUAAGGGAUCAACAUACCUCCUCCAUUGCCAUUCUUCAGUUUCUCUCCCAAAAUAGUGUCUCCUGAAAACAAAAUCAGCUGAACUUUUUAAUUGUAUUUUCAUGUAACGAAAAAAAGAGAUAAAGUUAAUUCUGGAAACUCCAAAAUUAUUGAUCAGUCAAACCAAAUGUUGUAUUUAUCAAAUUGAUUUCCUCUUCAAUUUCAGUUUUUAGAAAUUAUUACAUCUCCUUCUUGCUGAGGAAGUAACUAUUGCCUACACUAUAGUACUUUUGGAUGCGUUUUUAAAUCUUGAUAUUAAUUACGAAAACAGGCAAAUAGAUUUUAUAUGAUUGUGUUGUUUUAAAAAGCAAGACAGAGCUGUAUAUUUUAAAUCUUUAACCAAGUGAGCUGUUUCUUUAAUGAGGAAUUGAAGUUGCGAUUGGAUAUUAUGUUGGUACUAUUUUUCUGGGAGGUCACAAUAAAAUCAAGUAGUUCGUCUCCUCCUUAUUAAUCAGUUAUAUUUCAAGUGAUAAAUUAAAAACAGAAACCUCUAAGAACAGCAAAACUGUGAAUAUUAGUUUUUAAGAAUUAUUAAGGGUACUAGUGAUCUUCAUUGUUCUUGUUACGUCCUUCGAGCAAACUUUAUUGUCUGGUACCGAAAUUCAGAAGAAAGUAGGUAAAGAUUAUUAAAUUUGCAACAAAAAUUUCACUCGUGUUGAUUAUUCUCGUAAAUAAAUAUGUAUAUUUUUUCUUUUUUAA